GUGGUACUGCCCCCCCCCCCCCUCCCUCCCCCCUUUCCCAUUCCCGGCUGGCGGCUGCGGGAGCAGCGGGAAGAGGAGGAGGAGGAAAGGGAGAGGUGCUGUACCGGCACAGGGGCCGCCGCCGCCCGAGCAGCCGCAGGUUUUCCCACGGAGCCCUCACGGCUCUUUCUCUUUCUCUCUCUCCUGUUGCUGCUUCAGAGCUCUGGAAUGCUGUGAAGACUCACUGCCCAGGCACAUUCCCCUCCGGAUUAUCUCCAUCCGAAGGAAGCUCGUCUCCCAGAGAGUUCCUGGUCUUCCACCAUGAAUCCUGUUUACAGCCCCGUCCAACCGGGGGCUCCCUAUGGAAACCCGAAGAACAUGGCAUACACAGGUUAUCCCACGGGAUAUCCCACGGCUGCCCCGGCCUACAACCCCAACAUGUACCCGACCAGCAGCCCCGGCUACGCCCCAGCCACCCUUCUGAUGAAGCAAGCCUGGCCUCAGACCUCCUCGUCCUGUGCCACCGAGGGCACCUUCCACCUCCCGGUGGACACCGGCACCGAGAACAGAACCUACCAGGCCUCUUCUGCAGCUUUCAGAUACACCGCAGGGACUCCCUACAAGGUGCCACCGACCCAGAGUAACAACGCUCCUCCUCCCUACUCGCCGUCUCCCAACCCGUACCAGACUGCCAUGUACCCCAUCCGAAGUGCCUACCCCCAGCAGAACCUGUACACACAGGGAGCUUAUUACACCCAGCCGGUGUACGCGGCGCAGCCCCAUGUCAUCCAUCACACCACCGUGGUCCAGCCCAACAGUAUCCCGUCGGCCAUCUAUCCCGCUCCGGUGGCCGCGCCCAGGACCAACGGAGUGGCCAUGGGAAUGGUUGCCGGGACCACCAUGGCCAUGUCAGCAGGAACCUUGUUGACCACCCCCCAACACACCGCCAUCGGAGCACAUCCCGUGUCCGUGCCAACGUACAGGGCUCAAGGAACCCCCACCUACAGCUACGUACCUCCACACUGGUAAUCCACUGGCCAAUCCAUAUCCGGAAUCAAACAUUGUAUGCAACUCCACAAGUCUUACAUCGGUGCCCCGGCCCCUGGGCCGCAGCACCUCGUCUGUUUGCAAGAACAAAACUCAACAAACCGAGUGCAAGGGUCACUUUAUGCAUCCUUUAGUGGUUUUUGUAAAAGCUGCUUUUUCUAAUCUUCUGCCUCUCUUUGAUUUUCCCCUCCCGUCCCCCUCCCACAUAAAUCGUGUAACACACAUGACUGACACCGAGCAAUAGUAAAGUUCUCUCUCUUUGGUCCUUGGAAA